AUGUCUUUUUCCUUCGGCGCUCCGGCAUCUAGUGGAGCCUCAAGUGGUGGUCUCUUUGGCACAUCCGGCAAUGCAUUCGGAUCCAACCAGAAUAGUUCGACUCCCAGCUCCGGCGGUGGUCUUUUCGGAAAUGUAGGAGGCGCGGCCGCUUCACCGUUCGGCACAACUCCAGCUGCUGGUGGCUCUGCCGCUGCUAAACCCUCGAUGUUUGGGUCCGACAACUCUGGCUCUAAGCCCGCAGGCUCACAGACCUUGUUCGGUACUGCUAAUGCUGCUCCUGCUCCAUCCAGUGGUGGCAGCACGGCCUUCAGUUUCGGAAACCUUGGAACCAGCAACAGCAACAGCACACCUAGCGGUACCUCACCUCUGUUCGGCAAUACUCAGACCCCAAACAAGACGACAGAAUCAACAGCGUCUGGACAGCCAGCCACCAGUGGAAUGUUUGGAGCAGGCGCCAGCAAGCCGGCUGCGGGUGGUAGCUUGUUCGGAGCCAAUGCCUCUGCCACCCCUGCCCCAGCUGGCAAUUCUCUGUUUGGUAACACUUCAACCACUCCUGCUGGCCCUCCUCCAGCAUCCAAGCCUAGUAUGUUCGGUGGAAUGAAUGCGGCGGCUUCGUCAAAUACACCUGCGUCCUCUGGUCUCUCGACCACCCCAGCAGCUACACAGUCGCAACCAUCCGGUGGCUUAUUUGCGCCCAACACUGGCGCUGCCACCAACAAGCCCAUUUUCGGGGGCGCACCUUCUGCUGCACCUAGCGGAGGUCUGUUCGGAAACACCCCAAAGCCCGCCGAUUCUACAACCCCAUCUACGACUACAGACAGCACGCCCAAGCCAGCCUUUGGAGCUGCUGCUCCGGCCUCUAGCGGCGCACCCUCUAUGUUCAAGAUGCCUUCUGCUGGGGAUGCGGCUUCUAAGCCCGCAUUCUCUCUCGGAAGCGCUUCCACCACUCCGGCAUCCACCGCAGCUGCUCCUCUGGGCGCUUUGGGGGCACCCGCUGCCUCAUCAUCUACUCCUCAGAAGUCCCUCUUCCCUACCAUUGGAGGCACCACAUCCUCAGCGAAUCAAUCUUCUACGCCGGCGGCAGCUCCGGCUGGAGGCUCGCUCUUCACAGGGCUAGGUGGAGCCAAGACCACCUCCGCUGCUGCUCCUUCCACGACCGCGACCAGUACUGCGCCCGCUUCAACAUCUGCCUCUCAACCAGCUGCCCCAAGCUUGUUCGGCAAACCAGCUACAUCCACAGCCUCAACUCAACCCGCUGCUGCUGCCGCGGCUACGUCGACCGCAGCUCCGGCCACUGGCGCCGCGCCGAGCUCCGGCACAAACCCUGUUCUUGGCCAGUCGACUACUGGUCCGGCACCUCCGGCUCAAUCACGUCUUAAGAAUAAGACUAUGGAUGAGAUAAUUACCCGUUGGGCUACUGAUCUGAACCAGCACCAGAAGAAGUUCCGUGACAACGCCGAGAAGGUCGCAGAAUGGGAUCGAAUGCUGGUUGAGAAUGGAACUAAGGUUCAGAAAUUGUACGGUAGCACUGUCGAUGCAGAGCGAGCUACACAAGAGGUCGAACGUCAACUGGCAUCCGUUGAGGGCCAGCAGGAUGAGCUGAGCUCAUGGCUGGAUCGCUAUGAACGGGAAGUCGACGAGAUGGUUUCCAAACAGGUGGGCUCUGGUGACGCCUUGCAGGGACCGGACCAGGAGCGCGAGAGAACUUACAAGCUUGCCGAGAAGCUCUCGGAGCGUUUGGAUGAGAUGGGCAAAGAUCUGACCAGCAUGAUCGAGGAAGUCAAUGGUGCUUCGUCGAGCCUGAGCAAGACCAACCGGGCAGAUGAGCCGAUUUCCCAGAUUGUCCGUAUCCUCAACUCGCACUUGUCUCAACUCCAAGUCAUUGACCAAGGCACCUCCGAGCUGCAAUCCAAGGUGUCUGCUGCUCAGAAGGCCGGACAAUCCAUUUCUUCUCGGCUUGGGUAUGGCUACAACAGCCCUGGAAUGGGUGGAGGAAAUGCCGCUUCCGACUUCUAUCGCUCUUACAUGGGCAGACGUUAG